UCAACAUAUAGAGUUGAUGAACAAAGUCUGACACUAAGUGAAGUGAGGAAACUCUUCAGUGACUGCUACAUUUUACCUGUUCUGUGCCCAAGGUUGAACAACAGGCACUUCCUGCAAACAAUGAAACACAUUUCAAGUGUUGUGUUUGCCUCAGAAAAACACAAAGACAUAUCAGGCAUCCUCUUCAAACUUGGUUUUAUGAGUCUUGAUCAUGUUUUCUUCUCUAAAAUGGACCGAGAGGUACGUUCAUGUCUACAGCAUGAGCUUCUCGAUGUGGAUGAUCAAAGCUCAGUGUUGGAUCAAGUCUACAACAUUAAUCAUCCAGAGUUUUCCCAGCUUUCAAAUUAUGAUAUGAAGGAGUUUCAGAUGUUCCUGCAAUCGGGAUUAUCCAAGUCCAAAGACAAUCAAGAGUAUGUGACGAAACUCAAAUCCUUACCAAUAUUUGAAACAACACAUGGUGAACGAGUGAGGAUUGAUGGACCUAAAAAGGUUUAUGUUCUCAACAUCGAAUAUUCAGUCAUGUUUCCAGAUUUGCUCAACCUACCUAACAGCAACAGCAUUUUUCUCAAGUUCAACUCUGAGAACCACAUACUGUCAGAAACACUCAACAUUCAGGUCCUGGAUGAUUUGCAGUAUUUCAUGAAGUUUAUACUGCCUGCUGUACACCAACUCACAGAGACACAGAUUUUUCACAGCCUUAAGUUGUUGCUGUCACUACAUUACUUUUCAGAGGACAAGAAAACUAUCAUCUCUUCACUGAAGACAGUGAAACUGAUUCGCAGUUCUCAAGGUAGACUGGAGCCUGCAUCAUACUAUUUUGAUGAAAGUGUGGAGCUGUACAAACAUAUGUUGCCCCAGGAGAAAUUUGUUCCUGAGAGAUUUUGGACUGAGCUUUGUGAAGGAAAUGACUACACAACAAAAAAAGCAAAAGACCUGGUCAGAGAACUUGGAAUGAAGCAUGUUGUGUCAAACGAUGAGAUAAAAAACUUUGCGUACCAGCUGGAAUCAGAAGCAAAAGGAAAAGGGAGACUUGAAGACCUGAAACUGAAAUCAUCAUUGCUUUUCAGGAAAGCCUUGAAUAAAGCAUAUGAUGCCAAAGACGACAAGGAAAGGUUGCUGGAAAGCAUUGCUGACAUCAAAUUCCUUUUUCCAGUCAAUAUUCGAAAAGAACUGUCCAUCUACCACCAACCAUUUGCUCCUGAAGGAACUACUGUUAAAAUUAGAGGCUCGUUGAUUGAAAAAAAUCCAGAACAUCAGGAUUUGAUUUGGACCUCAAUACCAAUUAUUCAAUUACCAGGUUAUACAACACAGAAACUUAUCCAGAUGAUGAAAAAUGCAGGAGCUCAUGAAGAACCACCUCCAAACUGUGUAGCCAGUAACAUAAGAAACAUCUGUCAGUCACCAUGUGAAACUGACCAGCUGAUCAAAACACGAGCUAAAGUGUUCAGAAGUUCGUACGCUUACCUGCAAGCAAAAAGAUUUGCAGGAAACCAGCUGCCUGGUCUUCCUGUUGUGUUGGUUGAAAAAGACACAAAACUUAUGAGGCCUGAUGAUGUGUGUCUGUCGCUCCUCUGUGAUUUGGACUUCAGACCUUAUCUGUACAAGAUUACUCCAGAAGAUGCGAUGUAUGCACCGUUCUUUCAGAAAAUUGGUGUGAAGAACGAAGCUACUGUGGAGCAAUAUUGUAAUGUUUUGGCAGCAGUUUACGCUGAUUCCUGUGAUAAACAGAAACUACAUUCAAACCAGCUGAGAACUGUGAAACGAGCUGUUGAGCAGUUGUUUAAGUUAAUCAGUGCUCAGGGAAAUGAGACACUUCUUGAAAAUGUUGAGACUCUGUAUCUUCCUGCAGUAGAUGGUAAAUUGUACCCAUCGUCCACACUCUGCUACAACGACACAGUGUUUGAGACCAAAAGGUUGGAAGAAGCGCUGGAGAACAAGUUCCUGCUGCUUGAGAAACUCAGUGAAUGUCAUUUGGGCUACGACAAAUACAAGCAUCAUCAGCUGUUGCAACUGCUGCCUCAGAAGCUUCAGCCAAAGAUGCUGUCUGAGUUCACAGAGGAAAGAGUUGUGGAAUCAAAGAUGCAGCUUUGUGAACUUGGGACUGGCUGUGAAUUUAGUGGAUGGUUUGAUAAACAUCUCUCCUCAGGAACCUUUAAAUAUGGAUUAAUUUGUCUUAUUAGAGAGAAUUCACAAGGCAAAAUAACACAAGAAGAUGCUUCUAAUAUAUGUGAGCAGACCUUUGGCAGUAUACAGAUUAUCUGCUGCAAAACUUUGGAAACAGCUCUCUGGCUCGAUAACCAGCCACUUCCCAAAACUGAUGAAGAAACAGAUGUAUCUGUGGAACGAGGGCAACAAGGGUGCACCUUUUACUUAAAGCACAAUGAUGACAUUGCUCCCAAGGUAAUAACUGAAGUCAUCAUGACACUGACAAAAGAGAUUAAUGUUCUUUUAGCAAACAGAAUUGCAUCGGUUCACCUUCCAGUGCUGGGACUACUCCUCAUGUGUGAUUAUCUGCAAGAUGUUCGGAAAACUUUGGCUAAAAAUCGGAUCCGUGACAGUGCUGAAACUGAAAGUUCCUCUUUUAGUCCAGCAGCCCCUGGGACAGAGAUCCCAGAAGAAUGGCAUGAUUGUUUGGACAUGAAUGUCCUCAACAACUUUGAAGAGGGGGAAUAUGUUGGCUACAGCAUUGGUGACAAGUACAUUUAUGCAGUUAUUGAUGAAGAACUGCCUGGUCACAAUGGACAAUAUUCAUGGAGAUACAAAGUAGAUAUUGGACAAGAUGAGCCCAUUGAAGUCAGCUGUGUUGAUCUGUUUCAGUUUAAACGAGAAAAGAAGGUAAAACCAGAAGAAAACACUUGCAUGGAGCUGGAACCACUGACAGGAGCUGUGCCAAAUUCUUCUGAAUCAUCAACAAAUUCUUUACCAGCCUCUGUUGAGGAAGCUAAAAGGGAAAUUGAUAAAUGUUUGGCAGAGAUCUGGAGGCUUCCUGAGGAGGAGAGGCACAAAGCCAUCAAGAGACUGUACCUCAGGUGGCACCCUGACAAAAAUCCGGAUUGCCAGUCUCUCGCCAAUGAGGCAUUCAAAUAUAUACAGAAUCGAAUUGAUGAGCUUAGCAAAGGCAAAGCUGCAGGCUCGACCUUUUCAAGCAGAAACACAAAUUUCAGAGGCUUCUAUCAACAGUGGAAUCAGGAGGCCAGGUAUCACAGAAAUAGUCGAGAGAGGUUCUCUAGAGGCUAUAGAGGUUUCCAUUCCUACAACUUCUGGACCCACAAUGAAAAUGUCCCAAGGCCAGACAGAGAAGAGGCCAGGCGCUGGUGUAGACAGGCUCGCUGCGAUCUCAAUGCAGCUCACAAAGACACUGGUGGAGGGAGCACAGAGUGGUGUCUGUUUAAGGUCCAUCAAGCAGUGGAAAAGUCUCUCAUAGCAGCAUGCUAUAAAAGAAAUGGACAACGCCCCAAAAGCAGCUCAAUUUCAGCCACUGCUGCACAAGUUUCCUGCUACAGCCUCCAACUGAGAGAUCUGCCUGAGAUUGUGAAAAACCUGCAGACUCUCGGAGUAGAUCCCAAAAGGACUCAAUAUCCCAACUGCCAUCCAUAUCCCCACAUACCGAACGGACGAUUCAGAUCAGAGAAUGAAAUGCUGGCACUGAACAAGGCAUCUGAGCUCCUUAAUAAAAUAGAAGCAUAUGUGAAUUAAGGAUUUAAAACAAGGUAUUGGUCAGUGUAACUGUUUUUCUAAAUGUUAAAAGGAUGAUAUCAACAGUGGAAAACUGAAAUAUUAUUUAGCAUCACAACCAAAAAGGAAUUUAAGUUGUAUUUUUUUUGAGUAAUGAUCACUGAAUGAUGUUAGUAUGAAGUAUAAACAACAAAGGUUUUUGUGCGCUUUCAUGAAUAUUCACUUAGGAAACAUGUAAUGACUGUAUUACUUUGUUUUGCUUUGCUUUCAUUUUGAAGCUGCUCAUUUGUGAUAUUGAUAUAUUAUGUGUUUUGUUUUAUUUUGAAAAUGCGUAUAUGAAGUAUUUUUUGUAUGCAACUUAGUUGGGAUUUUUGACUACUCUUGGGGGGAGACUAUUCAUUGGACCGCUUCAUUGUUGUUUGGUAAAUACCUGCUUGGGAAGCAAUAUACUUACUGUAAUAUAACAUUUAUGAAAAGGCAAAUGUGAAGACUACUUACUGAGUGAAGCUGCAACUACUGUAGAAGUUCUGUCUAAUGUAUUUAGAGAUAUUCUUACUUAUUUUUCUUACAUUUUAAACACUUAUUACUAUUGACAUCCAUAACUUUUGGUGACAGAAGACACUCAGCAUGUAAUUUUGUUAUGUUAAGUGCAAAUGCAAAAGAAAUUGGCAGAAAUCUGUCACAACCUAUUAUUAUCAUUUAAGUAUAAGUAUAUAAUAAGUUUAAGAUUAUUACUUCAUUUCAUUCCUUGUUCAUUUACUGUAUAUUCAGGAGUUUGUAAAGGAAUAAAGAUUACCUACUUUACACUAA